UGUUAGGACGUUGGACUUUCUGCCUAGAAUAACGUGCUGAGCACGGAGAUGCGAUGAACUGGUGAAAGCAAGAAUUCUCUGAGAGAUUAUAAAGAGAGACAGAAGACUUGGCGCCUCACAAACUCCCUGGCCUCGCUUAAAAUGGCAGAGUUAAAGUACAUUUCUGGAUUUGGGAACGAGUGUGCUUCAGAGGACCCUCGCUGCCCGGGUUCUCUGCCAGAAGGACAGAAUAAUCCACAAGUCUGCCCCUACAAUCUCUACGCGGAGCAGCUCUCGGGAUCAGCCUUCACUUGUCCACGGAGCACCAAUAAGAGAAGCUGGCUGUAUAGGAUCCUCCCGUCAGUGUCUCACAAGCCCUUUGAGUCCAUUGACCAAGGUCAUGUCACUCACAACUGGGAUGAAGUUGGCCCUGAUCCUAACCAGCUUAGAUGGAAACCGUUUGAGAUUCCAAAAACGUCUCAGAAGAAAGUGGACUUUGUGAGCGGGCUGCACACCUUAUGUGGAGCUGGAGACAUCAAGUCUAACAACGGGCUUGCUAUUCACAUUUUCCUGUGUAACACCUCCAUGGAGGACAGAUGCUUUUACAAUUCGGAUGGGGAUUUCCUGAUUGUUCCCCAGAAAGGGAAGCUUCUCAUUUACACAGAGUUUGGCAAGAUGCUCCUGCAGCCCAACGAGAUCUGCGUCAUUCAGAGAGGAAUGCGAUUCAGCGUCGAUGUCUUCGAGGAGACCAGGGGCUACAUCCUGGAGGUCUACGGCGUCCACUUUGAGUUACCUGACCUGGGACCCAUUGGAGCAAAUGGCUUGGCCAAUCCUCGUGAUUUCUUGAUCCCUGUUGCCUGGUAUGAAGAUCGUCAAGUGCCAGGAGGCUACACUGUGAUCAAUAAAUACCAAGGCAAGCUGUUUGCUUCCAAACAGAGUGUUUCCCCAUUCAAUGUUGUGGCCUGGCACGGAAACUAUACGCCCUACAAGUACAACCUAGAGAACUUCAUGGUGAUCAAUGCAGUGGCCUUCGAUCAUGCGGAUCCUUCCAUUUUCACAGUGCUCACGGCCAAGUCUAUCCGACCUGGAGUGGCCAUUGCUGACUUUGUCAUCUUCCCACCUCGGUGGGGGGUGGCAAAUAAGACCUUCCGGCCUCCUUAUUACCACAGGAACUGCAUGAGUGAAUUCAUGGGACUCAUCAAAGGUCACUAUGAGGCAAAGCAAGGUGGAUUCCUGCCAGGGGGAGGCAGCCUGCACAGUGCCAUGACCCCUCACGGUCCGGAUGCAGACUGCUUUGAGAAGGCCAGCAAGGCCCAGUUAGCACCCGAGCGGAUUGCUGAUGGUACCAUGGCAUUUAUGUUUGAGUCUUCCUUGAGCUUGGCAGUCACCAAGUGGGGACUCAAGACCUGCAACUGUCUGGAUGAGAACUACUACAAGUGCUGGGAACCUCUCAGGAGCCACUUCACCCCCAAUUCCAGGAACCCCACAGGACCUAAGUGAGACCGAAGCCUGCUCCUGUAAUUGAGAAUGGAUUUGCCUGGUUCCCUUGAGAAUCUCACAGCGUCUGGGGACACAGGGACUCACUUUUCACAGUCAAGGAACUCAGCGUGUUUGUGGAAACACAUUUGGAAAUGUCUGUGGCUUUCUGUUCCUCAGUAAAUACGUGUUCUGUG